AUGGCGGCGGCGGCGGCGAGCGGAGCUGGCGGGGCUGCCGGGGCCGGAGCGGGGGGAGCCGGGCCGGCCGGCCGCCUGCUGCCUCCGCCCGCCCCGGGACCCCCGGCCGCCCCCGCUGCUGUGCCCCCGGCGGCUGGCCCGCCGCGUCCCCCAGCCCCGGCCUCCCGCGGGCCGGUGCCUGCUCGCAUCGGCUACUACGAGAUCGACCGCACCAUCGGCAAGGGCAACUUCGCGGUGGUCAAGCGGGCCACGCACCUCGUCACUAAGGCCAAGGUUGCUAUCAAGAUCAUUGAUAAGACCCAGCUGGAUGAAGAAAACUUGAAGAAGAUUUUCCGAGAAGUUCAAAUUAUGAAGAUGCUUUGCCACCCCCACAUUAUCAGGCUUUACCAGGUUAUGGAGACAGAGCGGAUGAUUUAUCUGGUGACAGAAUAUGCGAGUGGAGGGGAAAUAUUUGACCACCUGGUGGCCCAUGGCAGGAUGGCAGAAAAGGAGGCCCGUCGGAAGUUCAAACAGAUUGUUGCAGCCGUGUAUUUUUGUCACUGUCGGAACAUUGUUCAUCGUGAUUUAAAAGCUGAAAAUUUGCUUCUGGACGCCAACCUGAAUAUCAAGAUAGCAGAUUUUGGCUUCAGUAACCUCUUCACUCCUGGGCAGCUGCUGAAGACCUGGUGUGGCAGCCCGCCCUAUGCCGCGCCUGAACUCUUCGAAGGAAAGGAGUAUGACGGACCCAAAGUGGACAUCUGGAGCCUCGGAGUCGUCCUCUAUGUGCUUGUGUGUGGGGCCCUGCCAUUUGAUGGGAGCACACUGCAGAAUCUGCGGGCCCGCGUGUUGAGUGGAAAGUUUCGCAUCCCGUUUUUUAUGUCCACAGAAUGUGAGCACCUGAUCCGCCACAUGCUGGUGUUGGACCCCAACAAGCGCCUCUCCAUGGAGCAGAUCUGCAAGCACAAGUGGAUGAAGCUAGGGGAUGCGGACCCCAACUUUGACAGGUUAAUAGCCGAAUGCCAGCAGCUGAAGGAAGAAAGACAGAUGGACCCUCUAAAUGAGGAUGUCCUCUUAGCCAUGGAAGACAUGGGACUGGACAAAGAACGGACACUACAGUCGUUAAGAUCAGAUGCCUAUGAUCACUAUAGUGCAAUCUACAGCCUGCUGUGUGACCGGCAUAAGAGACACAAAACCCUGCGUGUUGGAGUACCUCCUGGCAUGCCCCGAACCAUGGCCUUCCAGCCAGUCAACCUCCAGGCGGAGCAGGCGGGUACCACUAUGAACAUCAGCGUCCCCCAGGUGCAGCUCAUCAACCCAGAGAAUCAAAUCGUGGAGCCGGACGGGGCGGUGAACGUGGACAGUGACGAGGGUGAAGAGCCUUCCCCUGAAGCCCUGGUCCGCUAUCUAUCCAUGAGGAGGCACACAGUGGGAGUGGCCGACCCCCGCACGGAGGUCAUGGAAGAUCUGCAGAAGCUGCUGCCUGGCUUUCCUGGAGUCAACCCGCAGGCUCCCUUCCUGCAAGUGGCCCCGAACAUGAACUUCAUGCACAACCUGUUGCCCAUGCAAAAUCUGCAGCCAACCGGGCAGCUGGAAUACAAGGAGCAGUCCCUGUUACAGCCGCCUACCCUGCAGCUGCUGAACGGAAUGGGGCCCCUUGGCCGGAGGGCAUCAGAUGGAGGUGCCAACAUUCAACUCCAUGCCCAGCAGCUGCUGAAGCGCCCACGGGGACCCUCCCCUCUUGUCACCAUGACACCAGCAGUGCCAGCAGUCACCCCUGUGGACGAGGAGAGCUCGGAUGGGGAGCCAGAUCAGGAAGCUGUGCAGAGGUACUUGGCAAAUAGGUCCAAAAGGCAUACACUGGCCAUGACCAACCCUACAGCUGAGAUCCCGCCGGACCUACAACGGCAGCUAGGACAGCAGCCUUUCCGUUCCCGGGUCUGGCCCCCUCACCUGGUACCUGAUCAGCAUCGCUCCACCUACAAGGACUCCAACACCCUGCACCUCCCUACGGAGCGUUUCUCCCCUGUGCGCCGGUUCUCAGAUGGGGCUGCAAGCAUCCAGGCCUUCAAAGCUCACCUGGAAAAAAUGGGCAACAACAGCAGCAUCAAACAGUUGCAGCAGGAGUGUGAGCAGCUGCAGAAGAUGUACGGGGGGCAGAUUGAUGAAAGAACCCUGGAGAAGACCCAGCAGCAGCAUAUGUUAUACCAGCAGGAGCAGCACCACCAAAUUCUCCAGCAGCAGAUUCAAGACUCUAUCUGUCCUCCUCAGCCUUCUCCACCUCUUCAAGCUGCGUGUGAAAAUCAGCCUGCCCUCCUCACCCACCAGCUCCAGAGGUUAAGGAUUCAGCCUUCCAGCCCACCUCCCAACCACCCCAACAACCAUCUCUUCAGACAGCCCAGUAACAGCCCUCCCCCCAUGAGCAGCACCAUGAUGCAGCCUCACGGUGCUGCAUCUUCCUCCCAGUUUCAAGGCUUCCCCUCCCGCAGUGCCAUCUUCCAGCAGCAGCCUGAGAACUGUUCCCCUCCUCCCAACGUGGCACUGACCUGCUUGGGCAUACAGCAGCCUCCCCAGCCACAGCAGGUGACCAUCCAAGUCCAGGAGCCUGUCGACAUGCUCAGCAGCAUGCCUGGGGCCACUGCCGCCUCUGCAGGCCGGGGCGUCUCCAUCAGCCCCAACACCAGUCAGGUUCAGAUGCAGCUCCGGACCAGCCUGAUGGCCGCCCUCAGCUAUGGGCACCGGCCCUUGUCCAAGCAGCUGAGCGCCGACAGUGCGGAGGCCCACAGCUUGAACGUGAAUCGGUUCUCCCCUGCUAACUACGACCAGGCGCAUUUACACCCCCACCUGUUUUCGGACCAGUCCCGGGGUUCCCCCAGCAGCUACAGCCCUUCACCAGGAGCGGGGUUACCUCCCACCCAAGCCCUGAAAGUCCCUCCGCUUGACCAGUUCCCCACCUUCCCUCCCAGUGCACAUCAGCAGCCACCGCACUAUACCACAUCGGCACUGCAGCAGGCCCUGCUGUCCCCCACGCCGCCAGACUACACGCGACACCAGCAGGUGCCCCACAUCCUCCAGGGACUACUCUCCCCCCGGCACUCGCUCACCGGCCACUCGGACAUGCGGCUGCCCCCGGUGGAGUUUGCACAGCUCCUCAAAAGGCAGCAGCGGCAGCGGCAGCAGCAGCAGCAGCAGGAGUACCAAGAGCUGUUCCGGCACAUGAACCAGGGGGACGCCGGGAGUCUGGCUCCCGGCCUCGGGGGACAGAGCAUGACGGAGCGCCAGGCUUUGCCGUAUCAGAACGCUGACUCUUACCACCACCACCACACCAGCCCCCAGCACCUUCUGCAGAUCAGGGCGCAAGAAUGUAUCUCACAGGUCUCUUCCCCGACCCCGACCCACGGCUACACUCCCCAGCCAGCGCUCGUGCACUCGGAGAGCAUGGAGGAGGAGUGCUCGUGCGAGGGGGCCAAGGAUGGCUUCCUGGACAGGAAGAGCGGGAACACAUUGACCAAAGGUUGCCAUGACAGCCCCCUGCUCUUGAGUACAGGCGGCCCCGGGGACCCUGAAUCUGUCCUGGGAACCGUGAAUCAUGCACAGGAGUUGGGGAUCCAUCCAUACCGACAGCCGGCUGCCGCCUUCACUAGAAAUAAGGUGUCCAGCCGAGAGUCCGUCCUAGGGAACUGCAUGGAUAGAAAUUCUCCCGGACAAGCGAUGGAGCUGCCAGAUCACAAUGGACUCGGGUACCCCACACACCCCUCAGUCAGCGAACACCAGAGGACCCGCACCCUCCAGAGACAUCACACCAUCCAGAACAGCGAUGAUGCUUACGUGCAGCUAGACAACUUGCCUGGCAUGAGUCUCGUGGCAGGGAAAGCACUUAGUUCUGCCCGGAUGUCGGAUGCAGUUCUCAGUCAGUCCUCGCUCAUGGGGAGCCAGCAGUUCCAGGACGGGGAAAAUGAGGAAUGCAGGGAGAGUCUUGGAGGUCAGGAGCACCCGGACCUGACGGAUGGCAGCCAGCAUUUAAACUCCUCUUGCUACCCAUCCACGUGUAUCACAGACAUACUGCUCAGCUACAAGCACCCCGAGGUCUCCUUCAGCAUGGAACAGGCAGGCGUGUAG